AUGCCUGUUACAUUUGAAGUCCUAACGAUACCAGUCAUGAUAGCAGAGACCAUAUCUCUGCGAAUCCUGGCUUUCCCCAAAGUGCUAGCUACAUUGGGCCUUCUCCCUGGUAUUGCCGUUAUCAUAGGUGUCGGGGUGCUGACUACCUACACAGGACUAGUCAUUGGAGACUUCAAAUGUCGCUAUCCUCAGGCACAUAGCAUGGCUGAUGCCGGAACCAUAUUGUGGGGAAGGAUUGGCUGUGAAAUCCUAGGUGCUGCUCAGCUUAUCUUCUUCGUAUUCAUAAUGGGUAGCCAUAUACUGACCAUUUCCGUCAUGAUGAGCGUUCUUACCGGCUACUCGGGCUGUACAGUUCUGUUUUCCGUGGCUGGAGGAUUGCCUUCGAACGUCUUCACCAUCCCGCGACGUCUCGAAAGCCUGUCAUUUCUCUCCUCGCCAUACUCAAACAUCAUCACCGCCUACGUUUCACGAUCAAUAAUUUCCAUUGCAAAUAUUGUAUUUGCGUAUGCUGGACAUGUCGCCUUCUUUGCGUUCUUUUCAGAGCUCCGGGGCGUGAGGGACUACCCGAGGGCAUUAGCUUUAUUGCAAAUGAGUGAGGUGACGCUCUACAUGGUGACGGCUAUCGUAAUACAUGUGCUGGUUGGAAAUGAUGUUGCCUCCCCGUCCCUCAAUUCAGUCAGUCCGCUCUUCAAGAAGAUAUCAUAUGGUAUCGCAAUCCCGACACAGGAAUGCCAUGCACUCACGUCCCCUUGGUGCAAUAUCUCUAUGGGCCGCUGUAUGCGUGACUCUAUGGUUUUUGGCCUGGGUAGUUUCGGAAAGCACACCGGUAUUCAACGAUAUCUUGGGCCUUGCAAGCUCAUUCUUUGCCAGCUGGUUUAUUUUCAAUCUUCCAGGCGUGUUUUGGCUUUACCUCAAUGUACAUGGGAAGCCUCUAAACUGGAAGCAGACAAUUCUGAUAGGCUUCAAUUGCAUCAUUGUCACCAUCGGAGUAGUUAUGUGUAUAUUUUGGGGUAUACUCAUCUAUCAGAUCAAUUAAAAGCAAUGUUAGUGAGGGUGUCAUUCGAAGGAGGUUCUCCUGUGCAGCUAGGUCAAAAACUAGACUUGUGCCUGCAAGAACCUUCUUCACUUUACCAAAUUAUUACA